UUCGGAAGAGAGAAUUGUGAAGAAAAAUAAAGGCUGUCCCCAUCGUAAAAUCGCAGUUUCAUCAUCAAAUUACCGAUAGAGAGAGAAGUAGGACAGAAACAGCCGCCUAAUUUGUACGCACUCACCGUCUCGUCUUUCUCGGUUCGAUGAUUUGGUCUUUGAAACAGUCCCAAUAAUCUCUUGUUCUUCAUGAUCUUAAUUGUUUAUUGCUUUUCUCUCAUUGGGUUUGUACUUAAUUUCAAAAUCCUUCAGUUCUGUUGCUAAAUUCAUCGAUGAAAAGCAAUAGGAUUACCCACAAAUCUUUGAUCAACAACACUGGGACUGCUUAGAUGCACGUCUCUGGAGUAACCUUGGAUCUCAAUUGGUUCCUGCAAUUGAUUUUAACUCUCUUUUUUAUCAUCUUUGGGUUGCUGUAUUUGGUGAAGAAUACGGCCUCUAAAUACUUUGAGGUCGACGCCAAUUUUGAGGCUUCGAGUGGAGGAGCAACGGCAGGAAGAAGCGACGGCACCGACUGUAACUCAAUGUCCGGCGGCGGCGGUUCCAUGGCCGAUGCUGUAUGUGUCGUUUGUGGUAAUUUAGGGUCGAAGAAGUGCUCGCGGUGUAAGGCUGUUCGAUAUUGUUCACCAACAUGUCAAGAAAUUCAUUGGAAAGCUGGCCACAAGACAAAGUGCAAGGAUUUUCAAGCACGUAGGAAUACAGAUGAUUGUGAAACUCCGAAUACCCACAGGGAUUCCAAGGCUUCUACUAUAGGGAGCAAAAAUUUUUCGGCAAUUUCAUUGGUACCUUCUUGUAGAGCCUCUAAGCCUAUCAAGCAACCAAAAGAUAUUCUUUUUCCCUAUGAUGAAUUUGUGGACCUCUUUUACUGGGAUAAGCAGUAUUUUCAUCCUUGUGGACUCUUAAAUUGUGGCAAUAGUUGCUUUGCCAAUGUGGUUCUACAGUGUCUGUCCUUCACCAGACCACUUUUUGCCUUCCUUUUGGAAAAAGGACACAGAAAUGAAUGUGUACGUGAUGAUUGGUGUUUCUUUUGUGAAUUUCAAACACAUGUUGAAAGAGCUAGUCAAAGUGCUCAACCCUUUUCACCCAAUAAUAUUAUCCUUCGGUUGCCUAAUAUUGGUGGGAAUCUUGGUUAUGGAAGGCAGGAAGAUGCACAUGAGUUCAUGAGGUUUGCCAUUGAUAGAAUGCAACUUGCGUGCCUUGAUGAAUUUGGUGGAGAAAAAGCUGUUCGUGCUCAUUCCCGAGAGACAACCAUCAUACAGCACAUUUUUGGUGGCCAACUUCAGUCCCAAGUGAUAUGUACAAAUUGCAACAAUGUCUCCAACCAGCAUGAAAAUAUGAUGGAUUUGACUGUUGAAAUUCAUGGUGAUGCUACAUCAUUGGAGGAGUGCCUCGAUCAAUUCACGAAAAUAGAGUGGCUGCAUGGUGAUAACAAGUACAAAUGUGAUGGGUGCAAUGAUUAUGUGAAGGCAUCAAAACGUCUUACGAUUAAACAGGCUCCUAAUAUUCUUACAAUUGCCUUAAAGAGAUUUCAGAGUGGGAGGUUUGGGAAGCUUAACAAGAAAGUAACGUUUCCAGAGACUUUAGACCUUAGUCCUUAUAUGAGUGAAGCCGGAGAUCGUAUGGAUGUGUACAGGCUUUAUGCCGUCGUUGUUCAUGUUGAUAUGCUGAAUGCUUCAUUUUUCGGUCACUAUAUCUGCUACAUUAAGGAUUUCUCUGGAAAUUGGUACAGGAUUGAUGAUUGUAAGGUUUUUAAGGUUGAUUUGGAAGAGGUACUAUCUCAGGGAGCGUACAUGAUUUUGUACUCCAGGGUUCGCCCACGAUCUUCAAGUCUUCAAACUAUUGAAUCUAUGGGGAACAAGCAGCUCCAGAAAGAGAAAGUAGAAGUGGAUUCUUGCACAAAUGAACGAGUUGAAAGCAAUAAACAAGGACUUGUGGAUCGCAUUUGUUCGUCUAGCUCUGAGUCAACUGAUGGCUGUAUGCACGGUGAUAAUUUUACUGGGUCCCCUGACAUUCAAACAGAACCUGAGAGAUUGUAUUAUGAAGAUGUUAAUGGAGAUGCACACGAGUCAUCUACAUCAAGCGAUACUUCUGUUUGCACUCGCAAGGCAGCAUUCGGAGUUGCUUCGGAAGCUGUAAGGGAUGAUAAUGUCAGGGAUACAGAUGUGCAUGAUGUCGGAAUUAGUUCAUCUUUUCCUAAAGAUUUUGGAAAUGAUUCUCAAUUAUUGUUGAACUACAAACCUUUGAUAAUAACUCCAGUAGAUACAAAAACAGCAAGUGUAAAUGGUCAUUGUCAUUCAGCCGUUUCAAUGGAGGUUUCUUACUGCAAUGAGGACGUUUCAGUGAACAAUCUCAGAGUUGCAAGAGACGAUUCAGAAGAUACAGAUAUGAUUAGUUGUGAGACGAGUUCUCUUGCCCAAGACGCCAAUAAUGUUCGUGUCAAUGGACACAUACAUGGAGAUGAAACCCCACACAUCUGCUGCUGAAACGCACAAGAUGAAUUCAGGAUCACCCUGUCUCAGCUAUAAGUUUGAAGAUGAGGAACGAACCUAGUGGAGUUGACGAGUGAUGUUUCGUCGUUGAGUUGAGAUUGUCUAGUCGCCCCUCGUGCCCAUUCAUAGAUCAACCAGUCAUAUCCUUGAAACGAGGUUUGAGCUGGUAAUUUUUUUUUUCUUUCUUUUUUGUUCUGAGGUUUCAGUAUUAGCAUAGAAGACCUCGGUGUUGAUUAGAAAUUGUGAAAAUCCGUAAUCAUUAAAGUAUAAAAAUAUUUGGUUCCCGCUACUCUUUAUGCAAUAGGGGGAUGAGGGUGUGAUUACAGAUUCAUCUGGAUAACUUGUUUUAUAAUUCAAUAGAGAUUAGGUUCA